CAGAGCGCUUCCGGUUUAUCUCAAGGGCAAAAUUAUCACAUGUACCGAAGCGAUACCGAGUUUAUUCCAGUGUGUCAGUCUUAUUAGAUCUGUAAGUGUGUAAAAUGGACAGUUUCGGUUCAGAUUUCUCUUCGGGCUCCUCGUCCGGUAAAAUGGACACCGGCACUAUAAUGGAGCAGGUCAAAGUUCAGAUUGCUGUUGCAAACGCGCAAGAGCUGCUUCAGAGGAUGACUGAUAAAUGCUUUAAGAAGUGUGUUGGCAAGCCAGGAAGUACACUGGACAACUCUGAACAGAAAUGCAUUGCCAUGUGCAUGGACCGCUAUAUGGAUGCAUGGAACACGGUCUCCCGUGCAUAUAAUUCACGAUUACAGAGGGAAAGAGCACGUAUUUAAUAUGCAGAUGGCAGCUGGUACUACCUCAGUCCUCAGGUAGAGAUGUCUAGUCUCUAAAUGCACGGCGGGUGUAUAGACUUGGCUCUCGUACCACACAACAACAGCUGAUGGCUACAGAAGGAAGCAGGUGGUUGGAUUUAGACUCUACAUGGACAUUUUCAUUACAUUUUGUGUGUUAAUAUGAUUAUAUAAGACGAAUUUAAAAGAAAAGAUUGAUUAUUGACAGCCAGAAUGGGUCUGGAUUUUAGCUUCACUUUUUCUGCAUCCAGGUCCUUUACUUUGUUUAAAAACAUGCUAAAUUCAGACUCCACCCUUUAUGUUGUUAUCUAUUCAUUAAGCAGCCAAUCAAAAUUCAGCAAACUCUCUGUCUGCCUUUUGUCAUUGGGUGGAUGUUACUCCAUUCCCUGAGGGAAGGGCUCACUUUACCAGCUCUGUUCUACAAACCUAGUUCUUCUCCCUGAGGGGGAGAAUUCAGGGGCGUCUUUGUUGCAAUAAUUGUCACUUCUUCACCAGGAGCGGCUGAACAGUCCUUCUUACUUACCUCUGAAGAACAAGCCGCAAUUGUCGACCCUGGAGUGUCAUUUGUCUCAUUGUCUGUUAAGUACAGUAGCAGGUUUGUUUAGAACUGCAAACCCGUUCUCUUUGUGUACACACAUGUCAAAGUUCCCAAUUUCCUUUGCUUCUGAGUCUUGGAAUGGUUUGGACAGAGAUGCAAACUCCACCAAGACACGUCCAGACAGAUGUUAUGUAAAUGUCACCAAGCUGUUUUUAUGGAAUGCAAAUAAAUGCCACCCAAUCAGUCCAUUUUUA